GCAGGCAACAAGGACCCUGCACACAAGUCACGUUAGCCAUUUGGAUGUUGAGUGUGGCCAACUAAUAGCUCCCAGCAGCAGUGGCAGGGGCUAGUGAUGCGGUGGAUGCUCUCACACUGGACUAGGGGAGGUGUUGUACUGAGUCCUGUCUGUGCUCAGGCAUUAACUGCUUGCCUGCCUUUAAAAUAGAAUAGCCAAGUACUUGUGGAGAAGAAGACAGGGGCAUCCCCCAAUUCCCACCUGCACCCUACUGACGUCCAUUCAUCCAGUCUUCUCUCUCUCUCUCUCUCUCUCUCUCUGGAGUUCUUCUAAGACAUCUAUAUUUUGGGGGGUCAAGACUGCAACAUUUAGGAUCUGGAUGAACUCCUAGCAGAUACCUGCAAGUGGGCAAUCAUUAGGUGGAUCUUCACAGAUUCCCUGGACAGCCAGAAAGGAGAUAUUGAUAUUAACUAAAGUCAACUAAACAAAGGACUUUGCCACUGGAGAAAUGGCUUCUUCUUCUCCUCCUUCUUCCAGUGCCAACCAAGACACCAACCCAACCAACCUGCGACCUACAACGCAUGACACCUGGUAUGGGGUGGCACAUGGAUGCACAAAAAAGUUGGGACUAAAGAUAUGUGGCUUUCUGCAGAGAAAUAACAGCUUGGAGGACACCAGCAGAAUUGUGAGCUCCUUCAAAGAGAGACAGGCAUCCAAAAAUCUCCUGGUCUGUGAGAAUAUUGAGAAAGAAUCCAGGUUCAGACGUACCGAAACCGACUUCUCCAACCUGUACGCCAGAGAUUUACUGCCUGCCAAGAAUGGAGAAGAACCCACCAUGCAGUUUCUUCUGGAGGUGGUUGACAUACUUAUGAACUAUGUAAGGAAAACCUUCGAUAGGUCCACCAAAGUCCUAGACUUCCACCAUCCGCACCAGCUUCUGGAAGGGAUAGAAGGCUUCAACCUGGAGCUGUCCGACAACCCGGAGUCACUCGAGCAGAUCCUGGUGGACUGCAGAGAUACCUUGAAGUAUGGAGUUAGGACAGGUCAUCCCCGUUUCUUCAACCAGCUGUCAACUGGAUUGGAUAUGAUCGGUCUGGCUGGGGAAUGGUUGACUUCAACAGCAAAUACAAACAUGUUUACAUAUGAAAUUGCUCCAGUUUUUGUCCUGAUGGAACAAAUAACCCUGCGGAAAAUGAGGGAAAUAAUUGGCUGGAAUGGAAAGGAUGGAGAUGGCAUUUUUUCACCUGGAGGAGCAAUUUCCAACAUGUACAGUAUUAUGGCUGCUAGAUACAAGUAUUUCCCUGAUGUAAAAACCAAAGGCAUGGCUGCUGUCCCCAAAUUGAUCAUCUUUACCUCAGAACAUAGUCAUUAUUCAAUGAAGAAGGCUGGAGCAGCGCUUGGAUUUGGGACAGAGAACGUGAUCCUGGUCAAAUGCAAUGAGAGAGGGAAGAUAAUUCCUGCUGACCUGGAGGCCAAAAUCAUUGAAUCUAAACAAAAGGGCCAUGUUCCACUUUAUGUGAAUGCUACUGCAGGGACCACAGUGUUUGGAGCCUUUGAUCCCAUUGAUGAAAUAGCAGACAUAUGUGAGAAGUACAACCUUUGGCUUCAUGUAGAUGCUGCAUGGGGAGGUGGACUUCUUAUGUCUAGGAAGCAUCGCCAUAAGUUAAUUGGAAUAGAAAGAGCUGACUCUGUGACCUGGAAUCCCCACAAGAUGAUGGGUGUUUUACUUCAAUGUUCUGCAAUUCUUUUAAGGGAAAAAGGUAUACUUCAAGGAUGCAAUCAGAUGUGUGCAGGAUACCUCUUCCAGCAAGACAAGCAAUAUGACAUAUCAUACGACACCGGAGACAAAGCAAUACAGUGUGGCCGCCAUGUGGAUAUAUUCAAAUUUUGGUUAAUGUGGAAAGCAAAGGGCACCGUAGGGUUCGAACAACAGAUCAACAAAUGCUUGGAGCUGUCAGACUAUUUAUAUUCAAAGAUCUGCAAUCGGGAAGAUUUUGAGAUGGUCUUCAAAGGAGAGCCUGAACACACGAAUGUCUGCUUCUGGUACAUUCCUCCAAGCCUCAGAGACAUGCCUCCAAGUGAAGAGAGGCAAGAAAAGCUUCAUAAGGUUGCUCCAAAGAUAAAGGCUCUAAUGAUGGAAUCUGGAACAACAAUGGUAGGAUAUCAACCCCAGGGAGACAAGGCCAACUUCUUCCGGAUGGUCAUCUCAAACCCUGCAGCCACCAAAUCAGACAUUGACUUCCUGGUGGAAGAAAUCGAAAGAUUGGGUCAAGAGUUGUAAUAAAUGUGCCAAAUACAUAGAACCCUCUCUAUGCUGGGGAAACCUACACCGCCACCAACUUGGUUGAAUGGUAUUUUGUCUUUGGUGAAAGAAAAUCCUUUAGGACACCCCUUCCCUCAGUACUGCUCUUCUCUGGUACUUUAACAAACAUAGGCCGCUGAAGUGUAUAUGUCUAUCAUUCUAAGACAGAAAACAUUAUCUAAUCUGUGUACAGCAACAACGGGCAUAAUGUGUUUGUUAAGGUUGUCAGAUAUGUACAAAAUCCAAGGUAACUGAGUGUUGUAAAAUGUAUCCACUUGUAUGUCUCCGUGUGAAUAUUUAUGUACAGGGCCGGCCCUUGACAUAUGUAGUAUAGACCUUAUAUACUGAUAGAGCAGGAUUCCCAACCAGUAAAGAAGACAUAAUACCAGACCUGAUAACCAGGGAUAUAAAAUGAAAAUAUUCCUCAAACCUAGGAGCCCAGAUCUUGCAAUAAUUUUACUUGUAUGGCAAAUUGAACCUUUUCUCAACACGUAAUAAGACAUAAACACACUGGUAUAUAGUCACAUACUAGUGCACACUAAGGCAGGCAUAAGGCAUAGGAAACAACCUUUGCAAUACAUUCACCGUGCUGGUGUAUUGAUGUGUAAA